AUGUCGGAGGUAACCCCCAUAAAGCCCAAGAAAUACAAAAAGAUGAAGAACGAAACGGAAGACUUACUCAUAGCAUUCCUGUUUGACAUUGUCUUCUUCGCAAUCUGUGUGUGCAUAUGGUUAUACCUGAGGAAGAGCCGAGAUGAAAAUAAAAUAAGUGAUAACAUAUAUAUUCUGAAUAACCAAACGCAUAGUGAGGUCAAGGCGGACAAGGAGUCCUCCAACGUAAAGGAGGAAGAAGGAAAUGAUAGGAGAAGAAAAGGAAACAGAUUUAGAACCUUCUUAAACAUAAAAGAUGAUAAAAUUGUUAAUACAGAAAUUAAAUAUUAUUUAUUUUUUUUAAAAGCAAAUAGGAAUAUAAUUUUUUCCCUUUGCAUUUUGGGAACAUUUCUCGUGUUGCCACUUUAUUUGUCUCUCCCAAGAAAUGAUAUUAACAACCCCUCCUUCUUCCACUACAUAAGUGCUGGUAGUAUCUCCGACAUUAACAUUUUAACAAUUUUAUUUUUCAUUACAAUUAUUUAUAGUGCCAUUUCGUACACGUUCAUUUAUCUCCUCUGGAAGAAAAUCAGACCGAGCAAAAAAAAGACGAAGAAAUUUCUGCCCCAAAAUUUUACCAUCAUGGUUUCCAGGAUAGAUAAGAAAGAAAUAAAUGCUUAUAAGAUUUAUAAAUAUUUUUGCAACUUGACGAAUAAUAAAGUGGUUUCUGCAUACCUCAUUUUGGAUUACUCUAUUGUGUACCAUGAGCAGAAGAAGAUUUUCAACGCCACGAAGAAUUUGAAGAUGCUCAAGGAGAAUGAGGAGAAGAAGAACAUCAAGCGCGACCGCUCCAAGCGCUUCCUGCUGGGCUUUCUCAACCGAAGGAGGGGCUCCAAGGGGGACCAGAAGUUAGACCCCAAGGCGGAUCAGAAGUUAGACCCGAAGGCUGACCCGAAGGGGAAGAACAGCUCGCCUGACACCCCCCUGCAGCUGCUUACCGGGGAGGAGCGGCUGAAUGGGGGAGUCGCACCUACCGGUCCGCUCACCAACGAGGGGAAGGAUAACACGGCGGGUGAAGUGCACACCACGGAGAAGGACCCCAUCGGGGGGGCAAAUCAGCCCAGUGGGGAAACACCCCUCGAAGGGGUAACCCCCUCGGAGGCCCAACCAAACAACCAAAUUAGAAACAACGCAGAUGAGAGCGACGGAAUGCACACAGAGGGACCCACUCCAGAAGAGCAGAAGAAGAGAAAGAAGAAACCCGGUGGCCUGGUCGACCUGGGAAGUGACAUAGAAGGAGCGAAUUGCAACGCGGAGGGUGAAGCGUACUACGGACAAGCGAUGGGGGAGAAUGUAGCCACCGGGAGUCGUUCAAAAGAAGGCUGCAAGAGGAGGAACAAAAAAUCGGAUUCGAGCGGAGAGGAAAGAACAAACGAGAAGGCAGAAGAUCAAAGGGAAGACGCAAGAAGAAGGAAAGGAAGUCGAGUGGAAAAUCAAGCCAGCUUCCUAAAAGAUACCAGUGAUGAAGAUGACGAUGUGCAAAGCAGUAAAAUGAAAAAAAAAAAAAACUCAAACAAAAAUUACACAUACAAACUAGACAUUGAAGAUGAAAACCUAAUGAGUAACAACAACGAAAUGUUGUUCUACGAUUUGGAGAAUUUAUCUACCAAGGAAAAUGAUAACAUGGAUUUAAAUUAUAAAAAAAAAAAAAAAAAUAGAUAUAAGUCUGAGUCCAAAAUAAAUAUAUUUCACAAGUUAUUCUUCUUUUUAAAGAAAAAUAAAAAAAGCCAUUGGAAGAAAAAACUUAAAGAGCAUUUGAUCAAAUUUUACUCUAUAAAAAAUGAAACUCCUAAGAAAUCCACGGGGGUUUGCUUCGUAUCCUUUAUCGAUACCAAGUCUGUGCAUGACUGCAUUCAUAACAUCCCCUUUACGGAAAGGAACAAGUGGAUCAUAUCAAAUGCCCCUCCCAAUUAUGAUAUAAUUUGGAAGAACUUAAAAAACCACAGCUACAAAGUCUGUGCGCGCUUCAUCAUCCUGAAUGCCCUGCUGCUGCUCGCCAACACGAUUAUCAUUUUGACCGUCACGUCUAUUGACAACAUUCUGAAGCUCAAGAUUAAGAAGUACCGCGAGGAGGACCCCAGCUCCGGCAACCUCAGCGCCAUCCUCAUAACUUGGCUCUCCCCCUUUAUCGUCAUCUUCGUCAACAGUAUCAUCCAGCCGGCCCUAAUCGCCUGCGUCUCGAUCGCCAUUGGGUUCAUAAGGAAGUCCAGCGAACACACCUACGUGUUGCAGGGGAACUUUAUCUUUUUAAUUCUGAACACGAUCAUCAUUCCUCUUUUGUCCUUGUCUCCGCUCAGUUCGCUCAUUAAGGUCAUGUACUCCGACGAAAUAGGCCAGUGGUCCACCCGCCUGGGGGCCUACCUGUUCAACUCCAGUGGGUUCUUCGCCAUGAGAUACUUGCUGCACUGCUGCUUCCUGACGUGUGCCAACCAGUUGCUUCAGAUCCCUCAGUUUUCAAUUCGAUCCAUCGUCAAAACGGUGACGAAGAAGGAAACAAGUGCGUGGACUUUUGAUUUUGGUUACUGGUACGGAUUCAACACGACCAUUUUGGCCCUGAUAUUGACCUUUAGUGUCGCCGUGCCCUUCAUCCUCCCGCUCGGCUCGCUCUACUUCUUCCUCCGCUACUACAUAGACAAGUACAAUUUGAUUUAUGAAAUAUGCCGAACCAAUUUGGACAGCCAUGGAGCUAUCAUAAGAACGGCCAUUAAGUUUAUGCUUUUUUCCGUGGCCUUUUUUCAACUCGUCAUGUUCACCUUCUUCUCGCGGGUGCAAAACAAAUUCAUUUCCGUGGGGAGGAACAUCCUCUUUUUGUCGUCGUCCCUCACCACGCUGCUGCUCCUGUGCCGAUCCACGGAAUGGGUAAGCACAAACCACAUAAAGAAGAAGAAAGGGAAGAGGACCUUUUGUUACCUGUGUGAGAAGAACGUCUACGUGAGUAACCUGAAGGACUUGAACAAGUUGAAGUACGCCUAUGCCAACCCCUACGAAACGAAGCGGUGA